GCGAAUCGUCUGCCAAAAACUUUCAGAGAAACAAAGCUACUGAAGGAGGAAAGGCCAUGUUGCGUACAACCGCGGCCUUAAGGGCGGCUCUCCCCAAGCUCACACCCAAAAAUGUAGCGAGAAAGGCAGGCCAGAGGAGCUUCAUCGCCGUGACUGUCCCGGCGUCGAGGAAAAAUAGGAUUAACAAGAGCUUUGGGAGCAGCUUCGUGGAAGUUGCAAAGCCAACGGCCAUAGUCUCUCCAUUGGUACGCAACUAUGCAUCGGGAAGCUACCCUGACCACAUCAAGGUCAAACUCCCAGCUCUCUCCCCGACCAUGGAGAUGGGCACCAUCGUCUCUUGGGAGAAGAAGGAAGGUGACCGUCUGAAUGAGGGAGACUUGCUGGCAGAGAUUGAAACAGACAAAGCCACAAUGGGCAUGGAGACUCCAGAGGAAGGGUACCUUGCCAAGAUUCUCAUUCCUGCCGGAGAGAAAGAUGUUCCACUUGGAAAGCUCCUUUGCAUCGUAGUCAGCAGUGAGGAAGACAUUGCAGCAUUCAAGGACUACAAACCCACAGAAGAGGAUGUAGCUGCUGCAGCACCAGCACCUGCCCCACCUGCAGCUGCUGCUCCUCCUCCACCUCCUCCUCCACCAGUAGCUGUUGCUGCUCCACCUCCACCACCACCUGUUGCUGCCCCUGCCCCAGCACCCCUAGCAGCCGCUCCUGUGGCGCCAGGAACUUUUGUGUACGCUUCUCCCUAUGCGAAGAAGUUGGCCAGCGAGCGCAACAUUGAUCUAGCGGCUAUAGCUCAAGUGUCUGGCAUUGGCCAUAGUGCAAGUGAUUGGCUCAGGGGUUCUGACGUUGAGAAGUUUGCAGCUCAAGCAGCAGCCGCUCCACAGGUUGCUUCUGCUGCACCAGCCCCUAUCCCUGGUGCUACAUACACAGACCUACCAAUCUCCAAUGUCCGUAAUGUUAUAGCCAAGAGGCUCUGUCAGUCUAAGCAGAGCAUUCCUCAUUACUACUUGAGCAUAGACGUUUGCAUGGAUGAGGUCGCACAGCUCCGGCAAGAGUUCAACAAGCUGCUGGAGAAAGAAGGCAUCAAGAUAUCAUUCAACGACUUCAUCAUCAAGGCUUCAGCGCUUGCUUGUAAGAAGGUGCCUGAAGCCAACUCUGCCUGGAUGGAUACUGUUAUAAGGCAGUACAACAAUGUGGAUGUGAGUGUUGCUGUGAGCACAGAUCGUGGACUUAUCACACCUAUAGUCUUCAAGGCUGAACAGAAGGGUCUUGCAGCCAUUGCUAUUGACGUCAAGUCCUUAGCAACAAGAGCUAGAGAAGGGAAACUCCAGCCACAUGAAUUCCAGGGUGGCACUUUCUCUGUCUCAAACUUGGGUAUGUUUGGUGUGAAGAACUUCAGUGCCAUCAUCAACCCACCUCAGUCCUGCAUUCUUGCUGUAGGAGGCACAGAAAAGAGACUCAUUGUUGAUGAAGAUAGCGAACAAGGUUUCCGGGCUGCACAAAUAAUGUCGGUUACUCUCAGCUGCGACCACCGAACAGUGGAUGGAGCUGUAGGAGCACAGUGGCUUGCCGCCUUCAAGAAGUACUUGGAGAAACCAACAACAAUGUUGCUGUAAUUUUUUUUUCUUUUCUUUUCUUUUACCUUAAAGGGGAAAUUUGUAUAGAUCAGUAUUUAUUAUGGAAGGAAAUUAGGAAAAGAGAGAUUGUUACAAAGCCAGAUGACAACCAAGGCUGUACAUAAGCUUCACUAAUAUUGUUUUCUCUGUACUGUUGCAGUGUUGGGAUAAAAUAAUAUACUCAAUUUUCAAUUUAUUCCAUGGCUUUGGUUGAAUAUCCUGUAUCAGUGACACUGUUUGUAUUGUUAUUUGUCUUUAUUUUUUUGAAAAGUUAUAAAUUGUAAAUAGAUUACUUAUUUUUCUCUAAUUUUAAAGAAGUUAUACACACUUUGAUAGAAAAAAGUCUUAAUGAUAAUGCAACAUUUGUUAUGUACAAAAUGUAAUGCUUGUAUAAAUAGAUAUAUGGAAUUUUGUUUAUUAUUAUCCAGAAUUUUGGUUACACUUAACCCUUUAUUUGAGAAUUACAAUAUUUGUCCAUAUUUUAAGGGAAAAUCAAACAAGCUAACUUAGAAAAAAAAAAAUUGUAAGUGCAUUAUGAAUGCGGGAACGUAGUUUCACUGUAGACUUGCAUUUUGAUGAAUAUGUGGAUUAAACUACAUGUGGAAGUGAAUGUGGCCUCAGAAAAUGUAAAUAGUGGUGGUUAUGAAUGUUAGUACACAGUAAUAAUGUCAUAACAUCUGUAAACUGAAGAAGCAAUCAACUAGAAAGUGUACUACUGUGUGCUGUCUGCAUUCAUUUGCCACAUGUAGAUUGUACCAUAUACUUUGUUGUUGUAUACUUCACUUUCAUCAUUUCAUUAUGAUCAUCAAUCAUCAUCACUUGACAGUUAAUUUGAGCUAAGAAAAUGUAGGGGAGUCUAUUUGUCAACAAAAGUUUUGUGUAAAAGGACAAGCUCAAGUUAAGUGACAUUUACAAACUUUUGUUUGUGGGUUGUGAGAAUCUCAUCCCAUAACUCCGGUGGAAAAUGUUCUUAACAGCAAGAAAAAA